UCUCCCCGCCUCUCAUUCUCUCUCUCACUCUCUCUCUCUCUCUCAUUUUUUGUUUCUUUGUGAACGUGGUUUAAUUUCACACCAUCUCCGCAAGGCAACAAUACCAAUUCCACCUUCCUCUCCACCACCCUCAUGUGAAAGAGAAGGAGGCUGUGUCCUUUACUCAUUCUUGCUGCGUCUCUAGCUCAAGUACUCCUUUCCAUUUCCAGGAAAAAACCCUUGAGCUUUCACUGCUUUUCUGCUAACUAUGAUCAGAGGGAAGGAUAUUUACGAUGUUCUUGCGGCCAUUGUGCCACUCUACGUUGCCAUGAUUCUGGCCUACGGCUCAGUCCGGUGGUGGAAGAUCUUCACCCCAGAGCAGUGCGCCGGAAUCAAUCGAUUUGUGGCGGUUUUCGCCGUUCCGUUGCUGUCUUUCCAUUUCAUAUCAUUGAAUGACAUAUACAAUAUGAAUUACAAGUUUAUAGCAGCAGACUCCCUUCAAAAGAUAGUGAUCCUAUCUGCGCUGUUUCUGUGGCAAGCCUUUGCAAAAAAUGGCAGCCUGGAGUGGAUGAUCACUCUCUUCUCACUCUCCACUCUCCCCAAUACUCUCGUGAUGGGGAUCCCUCUCUUGAAGGCCAUGUACGGGGAUUUUUCUGCGAGUCUGAUGGUUCAGAUUGUGGUGUUGCAGAGUGUGAUUUGGUAUACUCUCAUGCUGUUCAUGUUCGAAUAUAGAGGCGCUAAGCUCCUCAUCACUGAGCAGUUCCCUGAGACGGCAGGCUCCAUCACAUCUUUCCGAGUUGAAUCUGAUGUAAUGUCCCUGAACGGGCGCGAGCCUCUGGAGACGGACGCCGAGAUUGGUGAUGACGGGAAGCUCCAUGUGGUUGUGAGGCGAUCUUCUUCCUCUUCUGUCAUCUCUUCGGCUUACAAGAAGUCCCAUGGCCUGAAUUCCAUUUCCAUCACUCCGCGAGCCUCUAAUUUAACUGGUGUGGAGAUCUACUCCAUCCAGUCUUCUCGUGAGCCGACGCCCAGGGCCUCCAGCUUCAACCAGACUGACUUUUACGCCAUGUUUGCUAGCAAGACCGCAAGCCCCAGACAUGGAAGCAUCGGCGGUGUUGGCGCUGGGGGCGGGGCUGAUGUCUUUUCGCUGCAGUCCUCAAAAGGGCCUACUCCAAGGACUUCAAAUUUUGAAGAGGAGAUGUUGAAGGUUGGGAAGAAGAGAGGAGGGAGGAGUAUGAGCGGAGAGCUCUUUCAUGGCGGUUUGCUUUCUUCAUACCCUCCUCCAAAUCCUAUGUUUUCAGGGUCUACAAGUGGAGGUCCAAAGAAGAAAGAGAGCGGAGGAGGUGGUGCAAUGCCUAAUAAGGAGCUUCACAUGUUUGUUUGGAGCUCGAGCGCAUCUCCGGUCUCUGAAGGAAACCUAAGACAUGCAGUUAACCGAGCUGGAUCGGCUGAUUUCGGCGUCGUUGAUUCAUCUAAGGCGGUUCUCCAACAAGAGAUCGCGGCUUCAAGAGGAAUGCUUGAUUUCAAUGACACUGUAAGUCCUAGAGUGAACGGAGAUAGAGAAGCGGACAUGGAGGACGGAUCGAUCAGGACUCAGGCAGCCGGCACUCCAUACUCAGGGCAGAAGAAGGCGGACAUGCAAGCCAAAAAGCAGCAGAUGCCUCCAACAAGCGUCAUGACUAGGCUCAUAAUGAUCAUGGUAUGGAGGAAACUAAUCAGAAAUCCCAACACAUAUGCCAGUCUUAUAGGCUUAAUAUGGUCUCUGGUAUCAUUCAGGUGGAACAUCAAAAUGCCAACAAUUGUGAGUGGAUCGAUAUCGAUAUUAUCUGAUGCAGGUCUUGGAAUGGCUAUGUUCAGUCUAGGUUUGUUCAUGGCUUUACAACCAAAGAUGAUAGCUUGUGGGAAAACUGUGGCUACCUUUUCAAUGGCUGUCAGAUUCUUGACAGGCCCAGCUGUAAUUGCUGCCACCUCUAUUGCCAUCGGUAUGCGAGGAGUUCUUCUACAUGUCGCAAUUGUUCAGGCAGCUCUCCCCCAAGGGAUUGUCCCCUUUGUGUUUGCAAAGGAGUACAAUGUUCAUGCAGACAUACUUAGCACUGCGGUUAUUUUUGGGAUGCUGGUAGCCUUGCCAAUAACAAUAAUCUAUUAUGUGCUUCUUGGGCUCUAAAGCUGGAGAGUAUACAUAUAAAUUAUAUAUGUAUAAGUUGAAUACUUCCAAGUCAAGCUUUAGGUGGACGGAAGAUGAAAUGAUUUGAUAAAAAGGCCAUUGGAUUCAGUGCACAACACUUACAAAUUCUAUGCUUCUCUCCCCAUGUGACCAUUGGAGUUUUUUGCUUUCUUGCAUUGGUAGAUAGCUAGGUAGAAAUUGACAGACAAAGCAAGGGAAAAAGGCAGAGUUAUUGUUUCAUUUUGUGCCUCCAUUAUUAUUAUUCUAUUAUCAAUGUUUUUUUUCUUUUUUUGUUUUCU